AUGUGCAAGGAGUUUGUGGCGUCAACGGAGGGAACGGCGCUCCUCGCUGCUCUGUAUAUUGUGGAUUAUAUGAGGAAGCAAGACAACGUGGCGGCGAAGUCGACAUUUUACGACGUGUUAAUAGAGCUAGAGCAUGCUAUUCGUAGAGACAUGUUUAUUGUGGAGCAGAUCAAGUACACCACAAAGGAAUCGAAGGAGGGCAAGAAGAGCAUGGAGGCCACCCGCGCGGAGGCCUUUCGUAUACACUGCGCGGCGAAAGUCUUUGCGUUUCAGCUGCUUGGUGACGUGGUUGCCGAUGAUGAGAAGGUUGUUUCUUAUGCGUCAAAGAAACAGGAAUCCAUUGAUGAGGCUCUUAACGCAUGGGAGAAAGCCAGCGUCAAGAUCAAGGAGCCCAUGGCGGAUAUCGAGCAUUGCUGGGUCGCAAAGCAAGAGAAGCAGCAGUGUGGUUCACUGUAUGGGACGGCCGCUGUCUUUGAUGAACAGCCGAACAAGACUUUUGCGCUACUUCUUCCCUCGAUAACAGCAAAGCUACCGAUGCUGCCAAUGCAGGAAGGCGAACUGCAGUACGUACUGCCUGGGAAGUCAGGUAUGCUUCUCCUCGACAGUGCCCCACCCAGCGAAGGGUGGAUGAUAUCCAAGAGACUGCUUGUACAGGCACGCAAAUCGAAACUUUCCAAGGAUGACGAGCAGGCGCUCCUUGGGCUGCUCAACGAGUCGCUCGUGUCGCGCUUAGGUGUUUCCCCACAGCAGCUGAGCGAGUUAGCGACGCAUAACCCGGAGGUGUGUGCUUCUGUGCUGCUCAAGCUUCCAUCAGGCUCAGCAGGGGCGUUUAUUCAGUUUUUGUUGAAGGGCAACAUCCCCGAGGAAAACAUGCAGACAAUUCUCCUCCGAGCGUCAUCCGUCCUGCAGCAAGUUAACGUGCGAACCUUUAUUUCUACCAUGAUCCACAAGCUCAGGGAAAGAGGUGAAUUGUCUACCGGUGCGGAGAGCGUGAAGAACUUCGCACUGAGUCUUCAUCAGCUUGUGAUGAAGGCCGCAAAGGAGAACAGAGAGAUUUUUAUAGCCGACGCUUUCCGCCCCGACCUGGAGCAGCUGUUUCAGUCGAGUAGUAACCCAGAGGUGAAAAACAGAUGGGAGGACAUGAAACGGUAG